AUGAUUUGGGGUAGAUCAAUAAUAUAUUUGAUAUUUUUUUACUUUUUUUUAAAAGCAUCAUAUAUAUGGGCAAAUGAUCAAAUAUGUGACUUUAAUUUUAAUGUAAAAAAAUUAUAUGACAUAUAUGAUAAAUAUAACGGAAAUAAAGUAGAUGCUGAUAAUUCUAAUAGUUGUAAUAAUUUAGAAAGUUUAAACUCAGUUAAGGCAUUUUGGAUGUUAAAAUUAAAAGCACUAUGCACAGAAAAAACGUCUAUUUUAGAUAAGCAUGUUUUAAAUAAUAUUUGUAGCAAAAAAUUUGAUGUACCCCAUAUAAGGUUAAAUGAAAUAACUGUAGGAAAUAAUAUUGUUAAUUUAGAAUUUGUAUGUGCCCAUUUUUUAUAUAAUAAUAACAAAGAAAUUAUAAAAUGUAUAAAAAGUAAUUCUUUAAAAAAUUAUUUAGAUUCCUUUCAUAUAGCUUUUGAUAUAUCUAUAUCACAAGAAUUAUUGAAACAAUCGGAUAAUGUAGAUUUUAUACUUAAUUUAAAGGAUUUGAAUGGAUUGAAUCUUGUUAAAAAAAUUAUUGAUGAUUCCUUAUGUAGAAUUCAUUCUAGUGUUCAUACUAUUAUGAAUAAGAAUGAUCUUGAUAUAUUAAAAGCAUUAGUGGGUUUGUGUACAAAGUUGGGUUUUCAUAAUCAUUUUAUUAUAACAGAUAAUAUUCACCCGUUGUUUUAUCCAUUAUAUUCUAAAGUACCAUAUAGUUUAAAUAAAUUAAAUUUCAAUUUAGAAAAUACUACGUUGUAUUAUUCAAAUUAUGAAUAUUUUUUAUAUAACAUUAAAUUAGCUGAAUCAGAAUAUACUUUAAGUUCAUAUAUAUCACCAUCUGUAUUAAAAAUUAGUCAAAAUAAUUCAUUUAUUACAUGGAUAGGAUUAAAAAGAGAUAAUAAUAUUUACAGUAGGAAAUUUGAUGAAUUAUAUGAAUUACUUAGCAAAAUUAAAUAUAUAGAAAGAAUUAUUUAUUGCUAUAGCAAAUAUACUUCUAGAUAUUAUGAAAACAGUAUAAGUCAUUUUCUUAGAUAUAUACCGGAAGAUAAAAGAGAUAUAAUGCAGAAUAAUGGAAAUAUUUUUAUUUAUAUAAUUAAUACUUUAUGUAAUAAUAUUCCAUCAAUUCAUCAGUGUGUCGAUAAAAUUAUUUCUUUAAAUGGAACUUACGAUACUUAUUUUAAAAAUUUUAUGAUUAAUUUUAUUUACUAUAAUGCUUCAUGUGCAUUCAAUUGUAAUGCAGUUGAUUUAGGAAAAUUAUAUAAUGAUGAAAAUUUAUGGGAUAUACUUAUAAAAUAUUUUUCUCAUUCAUAUUUAGUUAAAUAUAAAAAGAAAGCUUCCAGUACAACUGGAUUGUCAGAUGAGUAUAGUGAAUUAUCUAAAUUAUAUUAUACUAAUUAUGAUUAUGAUUAUAUUCAUAGUGGGAAAUGGAGAAAAGAAAUAAAUUUAGAUAAUGAAGAAGCCAUUUUAAAACCAUCUGAUGAUAAUAUAGAAUAUGAAUUUUACAAUUAUACAUUUCAGUCACUUGAUUUGAAUAAUUAUAGUUUCUUUACUUUAAAAAGUAAAACUCAUGAAGACAAUAUUUGCCAAAUUGCCUCCUUUAUAGAAUCAAAUGGCAAAAAGUAUGUUCAUGUAAAUCAAUAUAUUAAUAAUUUUUUUAAUAAAAAUAAUAGAAGAGUACUUUCACAUGAUGAUGAAAUAAAAGAAACAAAUAAUGAUGGUCACUCUCAAAAUAAAAAUAAUAACGAUACAUAUAAUACUAGUUCUGAUAAAGAUAUUUUUGAAAAUGAUGAAGAGAAUGAGCAUAGUGAUCAUAUGGAUAGGUUUAAUUUAUUUGAUAAUUUUCUUGGUGAUUAUAAAGAUGGUAAUGGUUUCCUGGAUAUACUUAAAAAUAACAAUUUAUUUAAUAAUCAUAAAUUAUUUGAGAACAUAUAUGGUGAUGGUGAAGAUGGGGAAGAGGAUUACUCAGACUCGUAUUCAGAAGAAUUUGAUAUAGAAAAACAUAAAAUACACACAAAAAUUGGUGAUAUAUAUCCAUUAAAGAGAUCAUAUGAACUUAAAGAAUUACUGGAAAUUUAUGAAAUUCAUCCUAACUUUAGUAAUUCUGAUGAAGAAAUAAGAAAAAAAUUUUUUAGAAAUGAUUUUUUUGGGAAAAAUGCUUUUACUGUACAAGAUGUACAAACAAAAGUUCCAAAUUUUUAUAAAUAUUAUUACGAAAUUAAAAAAGAAUUAAAUAACCUUAAUGAUCAAGAUAAUUCACAUUAUAACAUGCUUUUAAAUAAUUAUUCAUAUGAUCCAACCAUUUUUUCUAAAAUGAAUAUAAAUUUUGCAUGCACUAAAUCUGGAACAUGGCCUGUUCGUAAGGUAUCAGGUCGAUGGAUAUCAGAUGUUUUAUGUGAAGCUUAUUUUGUACCUCAAUUAGUAUAUAAUAAUCAAUAUGCAGAAAAUAAAAAAAAAAGUAAUAAAAAGAAAGACAAUACUGAUGAAAUAGAUACUAAAUUGUACUCUUUGAAGGAAGAAACUAGAUUAAUUGGUAUUGAAUUUGAAGAACAAGAACCACAUAGAUGUGCAAUUAGUUAUUUAGGAGAUGAAGUAAAAAAGAACCAAUUACCAGUAUCUGCAUCUUUAUUACUUAAGUUAGCUACUGGAUUUUGUAUUUUGCAUGGUUUUAAAAUUGUUUGGAUUGCAGAUUCUUCUUUUGAUAUACAUACAAAUAUUUAUUUAAGAUAUACUUCUAUAUUAGAAAAAGGAAUAACUUAUUAUGAAAAAACUAGAUUUGAAUUAUAUGGGGCAACAAGAUUAGUACCACAAUUAGAUUAUAUUGCUUCUGGAUUGAAUAUUAAGAACAAUUUUAUUACAUCUAGUGUAUUUAAAAAUGGAUAUAGUUUGAUUAGUUUUCCAGGUGUGGAUUUAAAAUUUCAUUUAUUAAUGAGUAAAAAAAUUAAAGAAAUGAUAUAUAAUUUAAAAUUUGACUGUCACAGUUGGACUUACAAAGGAUGUUCGGAAUAUUAUCCUUUAAUGAGAGAGAGUAAAAAAAAUUCAUCUAAUAAUAAUGACACAAUUAUUUUUAACGGUAAAUAUACAGAUAAAGAAAAAGAUGUAAUGCUUCAAUGUUCCUUUAUGCAUGAUAAAACUUUUAUUGAAUUAAAUAAAAUGUUUCCAAAAGAAUGCACAUUUGGGUCAAGAAUUGGUGAUUGCCAUCAAAAAAUAAGAAAAAGUAUACCAUGCUACGACAAAAAUUCUUGUAAAUAUCAAGUGUAUAUUUAUGAAGAAUUUUUAAAGCCGCGUAACCAUUUAAAUUUAUUAUAUGAACAUUUUAUAAAAGUUUCUGAAAGUCUAACAAAGUUAGCUAGACCAUAUUAUUUGCAAUCCCUUUUAUCACUUGAGCAUGAUAUACAAAUUAAAAAAAGUAAUGGAGAAAAGGCAGAAUAUGAAGAAAUAUUAUUGUUUAUUUUGAAAAAUUCUGUUUAUUAUGUUUCAUGGGCUACUUCGAGUGAAUUCUGGAAAAGAGCUGUUCAUGUUCAAGAUGUAGAUUAUAUCAAUACUAAAACAUCUGAAGAUAACAGGGAGCUAUUUUGCCCAGUUGCAUAUGCUCAUGAAUUUAUACGACAUAUGCUCUCUCAAUAUAUGAAAUUCCCAAAUAUUUGA